CACGUGUGCCAGACUGCGAUUUGGACGUUUUCCACUGCUACCUGCUGUGAAACUCACCUGCAUCAAGAGCUCAUAAAUACACUUACCUCUUAAUUCUAAAUUUAUUUAGACAAAAGCAUAAUCUACACAUUUACACAACACAAUUAUUUUAACACAAAAACAUACACACACACUGCUAAAUUUGAUUAACUUACUUCUAUCUUUCUAUCAAGCAAAAUAUUUGUACUACAUUUGACUUUAUUUUUGCUUCUGAUUUGAAUAACAACUUUUUCCCCCCAGUUCUCUUUUGCUGUGAUUUAACAGAAUGCCACGAAGAGGGCGUCGGUCGGAGGCAGCAAAGAUCAGAUGGAGAAGGAUGGACCCUGAGCCAGAUAUCGCCAAGCCCACGACACCCCAACCCACCCCGCAGGCCUGGUCCCCCACUCAGUCUCCAGAGAAGAAGAAACCCCUACUGAUGGCGUUCGGGCCCCCAGACCAGACAUGUCCCAUGGUGUGCCAGGAGGAACCUCGUGGGCCAUCGACCCCCCUUGGGUCACGUCAAGGGACGGGGUAUCGGCAUCGUGUCAUGCAGUGGGGCUAUUCACGCGUAACCAGGCGUAGGCGCAAGUUCGUGCUCCUAGCUGAGGCUCCAGAGAAAAAGUUUGCUCUAUUGGUUGGCGAUUCCCAUUUGCGAGCUAUUGUGGAUGGGUUUGUCACCAUGCCAGGGAGUACUUUGUCCUUAGGGGUGCUGUCUUCUCCUGGCGCCUCUGCAGACGAGUUGCGGCGUGAGGUGCUCGAUGUGGUUCUGCCUCGGACCCCAGACGUCAUCUGUCUUCUGGCGCCCAGCAACAACUUGAGUUCUAGCACAACCUUCCAGGAGGCGGGACGGGACUUCGACUCUUUGUUACAUACCAUAAGCAACCUCUGUGCUAAUGUGAUUGUUUUGGACUUCCCACCACGGCUCAUCGUUGAGGAGAGGGAGCAGGCACUCCUGCGACAGGAGUACAGCCGUGUAGCAGCCAACAGAAGUAAGUGUUGUUAA